CAACCGCGGUCCAAUCAUCGACGAGCACCUCAGUCGCUCUCUGGAAGCGCUAACACUCGGCUCUUCGAUUCCGUCCCUCCCGCGAAUGGCGAACGUUUCGCGCCAAUUAACCGUGUCUAUUCAAUCCGCGAAGCCUCCUCGACCGAAAACGUAGGGUACAAAGAGCCGAGCCGAGAACUCACCUCGGGGCGCGGUCGUUAUCCUUCAGAGAAAUAUCCAUUUAAUUACGCGAGAUACAAGCCAGCUCCACGUGGCGGGCAGGAGCGUAAACAUAAAGCGGCUAGUUUGCGGGAAUAAAUCCCGGGGAAAGACGCGAAGUGGCAGAGAGAACGAAAAAGAAGGCGCGAGGAAGGUAGACCAUAAGGGAGAAGGAAGAUGGCCCAGGAAGAGAGACCGGAGGUGCGGAGGUGCGGAGGAAGGGGCCCCUUCCACCGGCCCCUCCAUCGGUCCCUUCACCGACGUCUCGGGCCCCUCCAGGCACCUUGCCACGGACGUCUCGAGGCGGUCCCCACCUUGCCAAGAGUUGGGCAUGAGUGAGUGUCAGCGGCGCUCGGUACAGUUAGCGACGGGCCGCGCUGCAACUAUCGCGAGACCCCGGCCUCCUCGUGUUUCUACUAUGCGGUGGCCUUAAUAGGGACCGGAGGGCCAGUAACCAUCCCCGGCAGCUGAUCCCGGUCGGGUAUCGACGCCGCGUCGACGUUAAUGGAUUAACUAGUCUACCAUCCCCGGUCUUGGCUGCCCAAGAGAUCGACGAGACUCGGAGACUCUCACUCUACCAGGGAACUUCGAAGGGAAUGUUGCAGUUCGAUUUCGGUGUUCGUAAAUAGUGCGGAGGAAAGUGGAAUUUUUGGAAGUGAGAAUCUCGGAUAGAAAUGGCGACGACGGGGGAAUGAAGUCUCAAAAACCGUGGAGCGAGGGUCGUUUCGAUAUUUUUGAAUCUUGCGCGACGGAGAUAGUAUCGAUGUUCGGAGAAAAAUACAAACGCGAGGUUGGAAGGCCAUCCGGAACUCGACGUAAACAUCUCGAGAGGCUUUGAAGAGUCUCAGCGAUAUCAGCCGUGCUUGAACUUGGGCCGCUCUUGCGCACGUGCCACGAGCUAGAAUUUAAUACCAAGUUGCGAGAAUACUAAGUAGUCAAAGUGGGAACGCGCGUUUCGUUUCGUAGGGCAUUAAUUUGGGCAGGCGGGAACGAUGAUCGGUACCAGGCCUUUCCGUUGAAAUUGAUGGAAUGGACCUCGGAGUCGGGUCCCACGGUCCGAGUCAGGGUCAGGUAUCGUAAGUAGCAACCUGUUCUUCGAUCGGACCCCGAGAGGGAAGAGGAGGUUUCGGAGAGGUCCGGAAGACCCCGAGAGAUUCUGGGUCGAUCUCGAGAGGUUCUGGGUCGCGAGGAGCCCGAUCGGUAGAAAGCACGUCCGCGAUCUCCGGGUCGUAGGACCGGUAGAUGCAGAUCGCGCUCGAGAAUUAGCGAGAACCAAGACCUUUGACACCAUCUACGCGGCCGAAAAAAAAUUCGGACAUCCGCGACACCGGAAUAUCGUCCAAAGGAUUACGGGAUUCAUCGCUCGAAGAGUGACGAAACGGCAAACAUACGUCAUCCCCGGGAUGAGCGAGUUCAUCGAGGAUCGGCACCUGGGUUAGGUGCCAUCUCGCUAGGGACCCCAAAAAUGGACGAGACUCUCGCGAUGACGGUCCCCCCGCCGUUGCCAGCGAAGACGCAGGUUUCCCGAAUGCCGGUCCAAGGAGUCCGUCAGACCGUAUCAAUCCGGACUCCAGUUUCCCCACCUUCGACUCGUUCGGAGGCCGGAGCAACGGUAUUCGUCGGCGGGGUCUCCGAGUCCACGACGACCUGGAGAAUCCCGGAAGUUCGUCCUUCGUCGACCGACUGCAGAGAAGAGUCCGCGCGGGGCAGCCAGGCGGCUCACGUCGUGAAGAUCAGGAUCAACCCCGAAGAGAGUCGGAGUGGUCGCGUCAUCUCCACCGUGCGCCUAACCGUGGACGAGUGCAACACCCGAUCGAGCGAUUUUAAUCAUCGGAACUCCGUGGGGACGGUGGGAAACGCCGGCGACUUCCGAGCCAAGGAGGACUCCGCGAGUGCCGUGGCGAGGGCUAAGGACUCCGUAAACGGAGACGGAGGGACUGGCGAGGUCUGUGCGAGAAUCAGUGUGGGGGGAGAUCACGUUGAUCGUCCCCAAGUGGACAAGCAUCGGCAGGUGGACGAGAUGGUGCGACGAGGCAGCAACGACGCUCUGCACGCGUCGCUGGGUCGCACGGGAGCUUGCUUCUAUUACGCUCCCUUCCAGGGUUCGUUGAAUCAGAUGGGUGUCACCAACAGUGGGCAAUGCUCGCCCAGCGAUACCCUGGAUAGCGGGACCUGCAGCGACUUGGACGGCACGCCUCCACCGCUUCCCAAGAAGAAAAACGCCAGCACCGUCCUGCUGGGCUCGACGGGAUUGGUGGGGGUAAACGGCAACGGACAACACAAUCGCACAGGGAGCUUGACCAGCAGCGGGGCCGAGGUGGACAGCGACGACAACGAGAGCAACAUCAGCUGCGAUUCGCUCAACUGUGGCGACCUAAUUGUCUCGGUUGCGCCCGAUGGGAAGAACGGCAACGUCAGGGGUCAGGGCUCCAAAAGUGGGGACCAGGAAGAGGGUCUUAAACGCGGAGUCGCCGGUGAUCCGGACUCGGUCAACGGGAGUCGAUCCGAUGGAAAAAGAGACGUUAACAACGGCGACCUGGGCGAAGGUCGACCGAGGAACCCAAAGAAUGGGAGUCUCGAACCCUCUUCCUCCCAGAGUCACGGUGACCCCAGAAAUCCGGACGCUCCAUCGAGGGACUUUUCCGAGAUGACUCGUCGGAGUAAGGACCAGCUCCUGGGAUUUUCUGCCGGUAUCUUCUUGACCAAUGGCCACCGCAACGAAAAUGGAUCGGGAGCGUGCUCUCCCGGGGCAUCUCCCUGCGCCUCUCCUUCGCCCUCGGGCACGUCGUCUCUGUCCAAGGCCUCUUCCACCCCUCGAGUCAGAAGUCCCGAGAUCCCCGAUCAUCGGAGAUUGUCCCCGGUCGUGAAGGAGUGUACAUACGAAGAGAGGACUCGCGAGCAGGCCAGGAUACAACAGGAAUGCGCCAAGGCGGACUUUUACGCGAAUUACAAUAGACCUACCAAUGGUGCCAAGUAUCUCUACGACGACGAUAGGUUUUACAAGUUCCACGUGAACGAACAUCAACGGGACGACGACGAGCGGAAAGUGGAUGCCGAGGAUCAAUUCGGCGAACAUGGACCCAUCGAAAGGGAGGGUGACGAAUACUUUGCCGGAUACAAGAUCCUCGACCGGGAAGCCAUCCGCAGUGCCAAGGGGACGGUUCGGGGCGUGAAGAACAGGGUGCGAGCAGGGAUUGCCACCUUCCUGCAGAAGCCAUCGUCCAAAAACUACAAGGCAAAGGACGCCGGCAAGGUGGUGGUGUACACGACGACCAUGGGAAUCGUCAGGGAGACCUACUACGCCUGCACGAAGGUGAAGCAGAUCCUGAGGACUCACAUGGUCAAGUACGAGGAACGGGACAUGUUCAUGAGCACCGAGUCGCAAACCGAACUGAAAGACCGAAUCGGAUGUACGUCGAUUCGAGUACCUCAACUCUUCAUCGAUGGUCAAUACAUCGGGGAUGCCGACGCCGUUGAGCGACUCAACGAAUCCGGGGAAUUGCGACGCAUGCUCAAGCCUUACAAGAGUGCAGACGCGUGCACGACUUGCAAGAUCUGCGGCGGCUACGGACUGCUGCCAUGCCCCGUGUGCAACGGCAGCAAAAAGUCGGUGCAUCGGAACGACUUCACGACGGAAUUCGUCGCCCUGAAGUGCAUGAACUGCGACGAAGUCGGACUGGUCAGGUGCCAGCAUUGUUGAAGAAGAUCGAAGCCGAAGAGUCUCGAGUCGAACCGCCGUCGAGUCACACCUGCUCAACUCAUCCUAUCGUCUAACCCGUUCUCGCCGUAUUAACUGAUAUCCCCCCUCUCUCUAAGAUAAGGUGCUAAGAUGUUAAACGAUACGCUACUGAAACAACUAACAACGCAUCUCGCUCGGGAAGUGACUAAUGGAACGCCUGGGAAAAGGGACCUCGUAGAUCUACGGAGGAUCCGUCGACGACCGACCGUCGCCAUUGUACAUUAUCAAUAAACUGCUCGAAACUUUUGUAA